AUGGACUUGUCGUGUGAAUCAAUAAGGCACCCUGAGGGGAACAGACCAUCGAGUACUAAGUUUGUGGAGCUCCAUGUGUUGUGUGUGCCGGAUGAAAAGUGGGAUGUGAAGCUGAACAAAGUACCGGCUGAAGCCAUAGAAAGCUUCGUGUCUGCAGGCUUUAUCAGGGCUCAUCCAGACGUCACUCUGCAGACUUUGAGGAGAGAUCUUGGAGUUCUGCUGGGAUCCGGGAGGGGCAAUGGAAAAUUCUCCUUCCUGAAAUGUGUUGGCCGGAGUUUGGCACUGGUCAAAGACAGACAGGAGAGAGAUUUGAAGGUGAAAACCUUUGCUCCACCUUACGCCUCCCAGCCGGAGCUGUACCUGCUGCCAGCAGCGGAGAAAAACGGCAGCAUCUGUUUCCGGUCUUUCACCCCAGAAACCGGCAGCACCUCCCCGGAGCCGCAGACACACCUCCUCCCUAAGACGGGCAGUCUGCCAACUGGGACAAAGGGGCCACUUAAGUUCCCCCUCAUCCCCCAGUGUUCCCACCAGUCACCUUCCACCCCUGGACCCGAGGAGGAGGAGGAGGAGGAGGAUGAAGAAGAGGAGGAGGAGGACAGUUGCAGCUCUACAGGCAGAGAUGGAGAGAAUGAGGAGGAGCGUCUCUCAGCCCUCAAACAGGAAUGGGCUGUGAAGGAGUCCUGUCCGAGGAGGUCCAAGAAUCAGCGGAUCAUCCAGUGUGGUUCACAGGUCAAAGGAGAGGACCUCAUCGAAGAAAUCAAGCUUGUAAGGGAGGAGAGAAAGCAGCUUGAAUUGACCCGGCAAGAACUGCUGAGAAAGGGUAAAGAUCUUUUGGCCCAGAACAGACACCGUAGGAAUCAAGCACGUGAUAGUUGGAAAAAGAAAUAUUUUGAGACCAAGAAGGCCACAGCUCCUCUGGAAGACAUGCUGAGGAACCUGCGUCAGGAACUGGAGAUGUUUUAUGACAAACUGCUUCACCAGUUACAGGCCAGAGACAAGCCGAGACACCAGGGGAGAUCUUCCACAAAGGUUAGACUGAAGAAUGAGCUCAUCAUCCAGAUCAUGACAGAGAGCCAUGAGAUUGACAACCUGCGGAGGAAGGUUGAGGACGCCAAGAUGAAACUUGUCACAGAAAUAAAGCUCAGGAAACAGGCUGCUAUGGAGCUGAGGGCCCUGAAGGCUGAGCUGGCCCAGAAGAAGAGCCAAUCGUCUCUUUGUGGACUGCUGGUCUCGCCAGGUUUUGAAGCCAAAACACAGGACAGACCAAACGCUCCAAGUACCAGCAGCUAGUUCAACAUGUUGCAUCUGGCCAAUCACCCCACUCUUCCAAGCCGGCCUGGUCACUGCUCCACCCCCUCUGCCGAUCCGGAGAGGGCUGCAGACUACCACAUGUCUCCUCCGAUACAUGUGGAGUCACCAGCCAUUUCUUUUCACCUGACAGUGAGGGGUUUCCACCAUUGAUGCCCCAACUCAUCUUUUUAUCAAGUAUGGUGAUGUGCACCUUGAAUGAUGUUCUCUCUACAUUUGUAACGAUUUUGUACCGUUUUGUAUUUUGAUACUGUUUAAAGUUUUCUUCCUCACUUUUUGUUACGAAUGUUAAAACUCCUUUGCUGGGGUU